GUGUGUGUGUGAAUGUGAGGUUGGAGGAAGGGGGGGGAGUGAGGAGGACUGAAUUGAUUAUUCCAUUGUGUUGGAAGGCAGCCGCCAGGUCCGCGGAGCGAGGGAACGAGGCAGGCUGCGAGGCGGACGAGUGUAAAUCAAUGGGGAAGCCCCGGCGCGGCGAACCCCAUCGAUUUUUGCCUGCCUGAGCCGAGCGAGGAACGGCGCGGAGGAGCAGCCAGACGGCGGAGCGCUGACAACUGAGCCUGCCUUGCCAGCCUGCCUGCGCUCCCCCUCCGAUCCACCCGUCCUUCCACCGCCGCCGCCCCCCCCCGCCAGCCCAGCCCAGCCCAGCCAGCCACCCCACCCCGGCGGCCAAGAGCGUCAGCGGCGCCUGCUGGUCCCCCUCUCUGUUCCCGCGGAGGUGAUGUUGCGACUGCCACUAGCAUGCCCCCCCACCUCCACCAAAGGAAUGAUGGAUCUGUAAAGGACCGGUCAGUUUGUUGAUGACAACUAGUCAUACCUGCUAGAUGAACCACCUCCAUUUUCAGAAAUGGUCUCGGCUCCCGUGCUGAGAUGACCCCUCCGUGCUCCUCGCGCCCGUACCGCCAUGGACGCCCCCUCUAACUCUGCCUCCUCCUCCUCCUCUUGUCCCUCCGCUGCUGUCCCCCCGGCCGACAGGCAGGAUGACAGGGCCGUGGUUUGGCCCGCUCAGGACUCUCCUGCCUCUCCAGCCACCAAAGAACCCCCCCUCUUGGACCCUUCCUCCUCCAACUCCCCCUCUCCCCAGGAAACCAUGAGGCCCUGCUCUAGUCCCCAAGCAGCACUCGGCUCUGCGAAGCUCCCAGCAGCCAUCUUAUCUGCACCGCUACUCCAAGCAGACUGCGGCCUGGUGACACCAAACCCCUCACUUUUUCCCCAAGCAACACCUCCUGGAGAUGGGCAGAAGCAAGAACCAGAAGACUACAGAGAGGAGGAAGAGGAUGGUGGACGCAAGGCCCAGCUCUUCUUCUCUGCCGAGGGCUCGGCCUACCUUCUCAGUGGUGGCUAUGUUCUCUUACCAAAGGGCUCCCCAAGCACCACAGCUUCCCAGGUGUCCAUCCUCCACGUCCAGCGCGGUGGAGGCCCUAACCAAGGCUUUAUGUCUACUGACCAAAUGUCCCAGAAUACCUCAACGCCAGGCGAGUGGACCCCUCAUGGCGCCUUCUACAGUUACCGACUGGCCAGGGCCCCCACUCGAACCACAUCUGCCAAAAACGCUCCCACCAAACCCAAAGAUGCCCCCACCGCCCUCGUGGAGGAUGAGGAAAACCUCAAAGGGGAAGCCAACCUUGGCCAAGAAGAGGAGCUCCUGGAGUCACCCAUCUGGCUUUGCCUAAUAUGCCACCUCUCUUUCUGCCAGGGCCAUUCCUUGGCCACUCAUGCCCAUGUGGCCCAUGGGGUGCAGCUGAGCACUGACGAAUGCCAGACCCUCUCCAGAGGGGUUUCUGCCGUGUUCCAGGGUACCACACUUGGCUUCCUAGAACCAAAUAAUCCCACCACCGAGGCAGACCUCAAUGCCAGAAUGUGUAGCAGAUGGGUGAAUGUAACAGUGGAGGAGGAGGGGAGCCCAGAAAGACAAUGUGAGCCAUCAGAUGCCAAAGAUUCAAGGGUCGGUGGCACACACUGGGCAAAGGGGGGCAUGGAGGACAAACCAGAAGAAGAAAAGGAGGAGGAGGAGGCAGCAUCAGCAGUGGUGGCUGAAAACAAGAAAGAGGAGGGGAGGCUUCUCCCAGACCAAAGCUCACUCGGCCAAAGCCCACCCACGGGUGUUCACACCCCACUCUCAGAGUCCCCGCUGAAGAAUGCCAACAGCGACGAUGCCACAGUUCACAUUGGGUCGCCCAAGGAAGUCGUUGACGUGGAGUUGGCCAACGAAGCUGUUGGGUUGGCCAACCAAGGUGUCAAUACAGAAUUGGCUCAUGGUGUUGCUCCCCUUGAAUUAGCUGGCGGAAUCAACAGCUCUGGGUUGGCCACCAAGGUUCAAAACGACAGCCUAGCUAACAACUUGGAUGUUGGUAGGGUUGGGUUGACCCAUGACGUCGGUGCUGCUGAGUCGACACAUACUGCUGGUAACGUUGGGAUGGCCAGCGAUAUUGGUAACAUUGGGUUUGAGGUCAACAAUGGGAUAAGCAACAGCAGUCACAACGGAGGGCAUUCCCUUGCCUUUGGGGAAGAUUUUACAGCCAUGGCCUACUCUGGGUUGACUCUAUCCGGCCACAUGUCCUUGCUUCAUUCGCGCAACUCCUGCAAGACUCUUAAAUGUCCAAAGUGCAACUGGCAUUAUAAAUACCAGCAAACCUUAGAUGUGCAUAUGAAGGAGAAGCACCCUGAAAACAACAGCCACUGUGCUUACUGUAGCACGGGGGGACCUCACCCUCGCUUGGCCAGAGGCGAGAGCUACAACUGCGGCUACAAGCCGUACCGCUGCGAGGCCUGUAACUAUUCCACCACUACCAAGGGCAACCUCAGCAUCCACAUGCAAUCUGACAAGCACUUGGCCAACUUGCAGGGCUACCAGGCCACAGGAGGAGGCGGGCCCCCCUCAGCGGCCCCUCCGGCAGCGCCGACCCCAUCCUCCCCUGAGGAGAAGGAGUCGAAAGGCAAAUCCUCCUGGCAGUGCAAAGUCUGCAGCUAUGAGACCAACAUCUCCCGCAACCUGCGGAUCCACAUGACAUCAGAGAAGCACAUGCAGAACAUGCUCUUGCUCCAUCAAGGGCUGCCUUUGGCACUGCCCGGACUGCUGGGGCAAGGCCAAGUCUCGCCAGGAGGCAAGGCGCAGCCAGAGCUCUUCCAGUUCUAUGGGACGCAGGCCCUUGGCCAUUCCCAUCACUCCCAUCCCCACCAUACUCACUCUGGGGGAAGCUCGGCCCUACGGGGGGACAAGCCCAUGGACCAAACCCAGCUCUUACUCAACGGAGGCUUCCCACACCUCAACACUACUGGUAGGAAGAUGGCUGCCUUGGGGUCAGCCCCUGCGUCACUCUCUCCGGAGCCAUCGCCACCAUCCCCUUUGCUACCCUCUUCUGCGUCAGACCUGGUGACUCCCCAGAGGUUGUUUGGCUGCCUGGUGUGCCAAGUUUUCAGCACGGACAGCCUCGAGGCGCUCCUGAGGCACGCAUCAGCCCCGCGCUCCUUGCCUGAGGCUGAGUGGAAGGAGGUGUCUGGUGACUUGCACCGGUGCAGACUCUGUGCUUAUGGCACCCAGCUGAAGGCCAACUUCCAGCUUCACCUCAAGACGGACAAACAUGCCUUGAAAUACCAGCUGGCAGCCCACCUGCGCGAAGGGGGUGUCAUUGGAGCCCACAUGGGGGCGGAGCUUCCCCUUGGCCCGCCCCUUCACCUGCACUGCAACCUCUGUGAAUAUGAGACCAAUAGCAAGGAGAAAAUGCGGCUGCAUGUGGCAGGGACUGGCCACCAGGAGGCGCUGCAAGGUUACAAGUUCCUCUUGGAAAUGGAGGCCACAUUGGCGGCACCAUCAGGCCCCGAACCUUCCCAGUUCCGCUGUCUCCUGUGUAAUGUGGAUGCUCUGAACCGUCUGGCAAUGAUCCAGCACCUCCGUUCCCCCCAGCACCGUGACACCCAUGGCCAGUGGCGCCUCCAGCUACUCCAGAACGGGGAAGGAACUCCAGGUCUCGAGAGAUAUGUCUGCUUUGCUCCGGCAAAUUCCGCUGAUAACGGCCCUGCAGGCAAAGAAACUGUGCCAGGGGCCUCAUCUCCUGCAAAAGAAACACAGAAAAAAGCCCAGACUCCUGGUUCUGAUGAGACCGAAACGAAAGCUGGAGGUGUGGGCGACAUCACACAGGUCUUCUGCUGCCCCUAUUGCAACUACGUUGACCAAUCAGCAGAAGCUGUGCGGGCUCACACAAUCACCCAGCAUGCCGUGCAGCCCAAGUUCCGGUGCCCGCUCUGCCAGGAGCAGCUGGUGGGCCGUACCAAUCUCCACUUCCACCUCAGCCACAUUCACAAUGUGGUGCCCGAAUGCGUGGAGAAGCUCUUGCUGGUGGCCACGACUGUGGAAAUGACCUUUCUCACCAAAGUUGUUCCUGGCCUCAACCUCCCUCCUGACCCACCAAAGCCAGGUGGGACACCCAGCUCAGAACAAGGGGCUAGGAAUGAACCCGAAAGCCCCCUUGCAGCACCAUCUACAGGGGAGAAAACUCCUCCAGCUCCUGCGCUUUGCCCUGAAACAACUCCUCCUCCUCUGCCGCCUCCUCCUCUUCCACCUGCCAUCUCCCCAGCUCAACCUCCUGACCCUCCAGAAAAGCCACCCCCUGCCUCUUCAACUCCUCCUCCAGUUGCUCCUCCGGAGUUUGAAGAUGAAGAAUCUCCUCGUCCAAAUGCCUCACCUGAGGAACAGCUGCUGCCCUCACACAUAUUGACUGAGUUCCAUGAGGCCUCGCCACUUGCCCUACCCAACCAAGAUCCCCGCCACCCUCUGUCCUAUCGCAAGGCAACCAAUUUUGCCUUAGAUAAGUUCCUGGACCCAGCCCGUCCAUAUAAAUGCACGGUAUGCAAGGAGUCUUUCACACAGAAGAACAUCCUCCUGGUGCACUACAACUCUGUCUCCCACCUGCACAAGAUGAAGAAAGCCUCAUCUGACCCUUCAGUGCCAUCUCGGAGUGAGCCAGGCAUGCCAGGGGUUCUCCAGCCAUCCUCGGAUAAGCCCUACAAGUGUACCACCUGCCGCGUCUCGUACAACCAGAGCUCCACGUUGGAGAUCCACAUGCGCUCUGUUCUGCACCAGACCCGUUCCCGCGUGGCUAAGAUGGAAGCCGCCGGCAAAGUGGAGCUGGCGUCCGCCGAAUCGGAGCCCCCAAGUGAAACGCCGCUGGAAACGGAUGCCCCCAAGCUCCUGGAGACAGGCUGUGUGCAGGUGCCGGCUCUCCCAUUUUUGGCACCCUCUGCAGAACUACAGCGCUUCCCCACGCCCAUAUUUACUCCGCCGCUGCUGCCGCCCUUCCCAUUGGUGCCAGAGUCCCUUCUGAAACUGCAGCAGCAACAGCAGCAGCUACUGCUGCCCUUUUAUUUACAUGAUCUCAAGGUGGCCCCCAAGCUGGCUUUAGCAGCCCCAGCGCUGGCCCUCCCAACCACAGCACCUGUGCUGCUGCCACCUCUGCCAGCCAAGGAAGAACAGGCACCGGCAGCAGCCGGCAGCUCCAAACCGGAGCCUACCGAAGAGGCUGAAGCAGAGGAGGCCGAGGGGAGCCAGCCAGGGAAUGAAGCAUCUCGCACAGCAGCCAAAGCCCUUCUAGAGAACUUUGGAUUUGAGCUGGUGAUCCAGUACAAUGAGGGCAAGCAGCCUGCAGCAGCUGCUCCAGCCAUCCCCCCACGCCCCCCAGCAGGCAAGCUGCUGUGCGGCACCUGCAGGAAGCAGUUUUCCAACAUGCUCAUCCUGAAAACGCAUGAGGAGCAUGUGCACCGGCGGUUCCUGCCUUUUGAGGCACUCAAUCGCUAUGCUGCUCAGUUCCGAAAGAGCUAUGACAGCAUGUAUCCACCGCCACCGGCACUCCCGAUUGAGACUACCACUGCCUCCGCUGCCACCACAACCGCCGUUGUCGCCACAGAGACGACCACAGUCACCGUUACGCCAGCCUCCCUGCCUCUAGAGAUCCCCCCCCUCUGCCCUCCUUUUUUAAUGCAACCUAUGCCUGUGGUGGUACCACCACCGGAAAGCGAGACUCCUCACGUGUCUCCUGAAUGCUUGAAACCUCUGUGGUUUCGGGGGGAGGAUGAGGAAGGUGGCAGUGUAUCUGGGGUUCUCGAUCCCUCCCGUGGGGGGUUUCCCUCAACCCGACGCUUCUCCCGCACCAAAUUCACUGAGUUCCAAUCUCAAGCUCUGCAGUCCUUUUUUGAGUCCAGCGCAUACCCCAAAGAUGGCGAGGUCGAGCGGCUCUCAGUGCUCUUGGGCUUGCCUAAUAGAGUCAUUGUGGUCUGGUUCCAAAAUGCCCGCCAGAAGGCUCGGAAGUGUGGAGGAAGUGAAACCAGCGUGGGCAGUGGAGGCGCCGUAGCGCAGCCCUCCUGCAAGAAAUGCCAGACAUCUUUUCGCUGCAUCUUUGAACUCGUGCGCCACCUUAAGAAGUGUUACAAUGACCAGCCAGAGGAUGGGGAUGGAGAUGGUAUUGAGGAAGAGAAUGACGCCCCUGAGGAAGAGGAACAGGAGGAGGAAGAGGAGGAGCAGCAGGAGCAACAGCAGCAGGAGCCUUCAGGGACUGAUGGAGAAGUGAAGAUUGAUGGUGCUGGAGACAAACCUCUGGAGGAAGAGCGAACAGCAGCCCCGCCAGAAAGCUCAAACACCCAUCCCUGUGACCAGUGCACAGCCAAAUUCUCAACCGUUGACCUCCUCAAUAUCCACCGUGUCAGCCACAUCCCAGCAACUGCUCCUCCACCAGCCCCUGCUGCCCCCCAGCCUCCCUUGGAGUUGGCCCCGCUGGCGUUUGGUGAGCGUGCUGCCCACCUGGACUCCUCCCGUGCACAGAAACGGAAGCAUGAGGAUGGGAGCUUGUCUCCCACUGGGAGUGAGUGUGCCAGUGUGGUAGGCGGGGACAGUGAGCCCCCGCGGGACAAGCGCCUGCGCACCACCAUUUUGCCAGAGCAGCUGGAGAUUCUGUAUCGCUGGUACAUGCAGGACUCCAAUCCGACACGGAAGAUGCUCGACUGUAUCUCUGAAGAAGUUGGGCUCAAAAAGAGGGUUGUCCAAGUGUGGUUCCAGAACACAAGAGCCCGUGAGAGAAAGGGCCAGUUCCGGUGUAACACCAGCACCACCAACCCAACCAGUAAGCCCUCACCCAUGCUCCCUUCCGCCUUCCCAAAGUUCAACCCUCCACCACGAGAUCCACCCGUCCACUAUGGUGCUGCGUUCACCCCCAGCCUCCCUGCAGUGAGCUUACAGCUACCUACGGCUAAGCCAGAAGUUCUUGCUGAUCCACAAACGCAGGAAGAAGCGGCUGAAGAAGAGGUGCCGAAGGAGAACGAAGACCGGAGCCUGUCGGGAGGGGAGCUGAGCGACUCGUCAUCCUCAUCGUCGUCUUCGCUGGCUGAUCUGGAUUUCUCCGGCAGCCGGCAGAGUCGAGGGAUGGAUGGCGGGCUGGGAGGCAUGCAUGACUCUCUGGGCCAGCGCCGAUAUCGCACGCAGAUGUCCAGCCUCCAGCUUAAGAUCAUGAAGGUUUGUUACGAGGCCUACCGAACUCCCACCAUGCAGGAGUGUGAGGUGCUGGGCGAGGAGAUAGGGCUGCCCAAACGAGUGAUUCAGGUGUGGUUUCAGAAUGCCAGGGCCAAGGAGAAAAAGGCUAAGGCUGCGAGCGGCAGUGAGGAGGGCCUUCUUGGCACUCCAGCUCAGUCCGAGUGUCCCUACUGUGAAGUCAAGUAUGAUUUUUACGUGUCCUGCCGCGGACACCUCUUCUCCCGUGGCCACCUAGCCCGACUCAAGGAGGCCAUCAAGGCCCAGCUCAAGAACGAGAGCAAGUGCUAUGAGCUUGUGCCAGACAAAGGGAUGCCAUCCCCAACCAGACUGGGUGCCUCUAUGCCUCCAACAACUGUGCCAUCUUCCCUUGGGAGCAUGGCCCCCUUUGCGCCAGGCCCUUCCUCUUCCUCUGUGGGGGUUCUGAGCACCCCUUUGGCCUCCACCCAGCCGGGGGCCCCCUUACCUCAGCGCCACACGCCGGAACCAGCCCAGCUUGGCCCCUCCGCAGAGCCGGCACCUGCUCCAGAUACCGCCCCGAGCGACAGUCAGGCAGACCCCACGUCAGGCUCAGCCCAGGAACCCUCCUUGUCGUCCACUGCCAUGGUGAAAAACCUCAAGACGUUGAAGGCCACAGUGCCGGCCUUGCUGGGUGGUCAGUUCCUGCCCUUCCCGUUGCCGGCAGCAACAGCAGCAGCCCCUUCACUAUUUGGAGCACAGCUGCCCGGGGCCUACUUCCAGCAGCUUUACGGCAUGAAGAAGGGUCUAUUCCCCAUGAACCCCGUCAUACCUCAGACACUUAUGGGGCUGCUGCCCAGUCCCCUGCUCCCAACAUCCACGCCAGAGCCACCCGUCGAGGUGUCUGAGGCCCCUGGCAUCUCUACGGUUGACGUGACUCACCAGUACCUUUGCCGCCAGUGCAAGGCAGCCUUUGAGAGCGAAGGGGCCGCUGCCGCCCACCAGGCUGCUUUCUGCUACUUUGGGAGCCAUCCCCCAGCGGCCCCACCCCCGCUGCGUGUGCCUGUGUGCACCUACCACUGCCUGGCCUGCGAGGUGCUUGUGAGUGGGCGUGAGGCACUGGGGUCCCACCUGCGCUCCAGUGCUCACCGGCGCAAGGCCGGAUCCAACGCAGCAACUGCAUCGGUGUUUGCCAAAGAGGAAUCCAAAUUACCUCACUCGGACUCCAACCCAAAAAGUAAUGCUACCUCUACGACACUACUAGCUUUAUAGAGACGGAUGGUACACUGCCACCAAUUGAGAGAGAAUGACUAACCAACCAGCCAGUGGCGGGAUGGACACACGCUUGGGUGCCCCCUCUGCUGUUACACAUAACACUCAGCCCACCCACCCCCAAGCCCAACCUCUGUCCUUUCUUAUUGCCCGCAAGGAGAAGUGACCAGUAAACUCCAGAAAUGGCCGUUUUCCCAAAGUGACGUCCACUGCCCUAAGGCAACACCCUUCCCAGCCCACUGGGACAUGUGUACAAGCAGAAUCCAACUACCCAGCCUCCCCACCCUGCCCCCAAUAUAAGAAAGAUUUGUAUUGAGCCAUCCAUCUUGACGGAAGACCAAUUGACCUGAUGUUGGACAGAAGUGCAGACUGCCCACUGAGGAACCCUGCCCACUUUACAACUGCCUUGCACUCUCUCUAAAGGAUGUUGAUUUCCUUCAACUCCUCCCCCAGCCACAGUCCUCUGUUGCCUCCAUGCACAGAUCCUUGCCACCAUGGCUCCUCUACAAGUCGGUCCUCCCACAUCCCAGCCAACACUCAGUCCCUGCUUCUCCCUGCCCUGAAAAGAUAAUUGGAUCUUAAUGGGCCAUCCACAGAUGCCCAUAUCCAACACCGAUGCCAAACCCAUGCCCUUCCCCCUCACUUGUUGACUCAUCGUUCCCUCACACAUACCUGUGUAUUCCAGAGUCUUCCAUCUCCUGUGGCAUACACAGGUACCUCACGUGAGAGAGCCACAAGAGGCUCUCUCUUUUCCCACAUACCUGUCUUCGUUCAGGGCUUUAUGUCCUUUCCCUCCGCCCCCUUUUUUCUGUGAGGAACAUCUCAAGAUGAUUCCUGUUAUGGUAAUGACUUCAGACGUUCCUCGGACAUUGAGCACCUCACCUCUGCAGGGUGGGGGUAAGGUCUCCCUUCCCUCAAUGGCUUUUGCCAGAGUGUCUCUCCUCAUGUCAACGGAAGGCUCCCCAAUUUCCUCCCUGUUGCCUCUCAUAUCGCCGCACGUGACCCAAAUCCCUCCCCUUACCUGUAUUGUGUGUGUGCUAGAACCACACUGCCUCCCCCCCAAAAAAACCCACAUUUGUGACAGCUGCUGGCACACUCUCAACACCCAUCAUACACCCUUGUGGACCCAGUCUCCUCUCUCUCUGCUUAUAUUCACACAAACCUGUUAAAGCUCCUACUCUCACACUCACCUUCCACCCUUUUACUGUGUUACCAAUUGAGAAAGGCCAAAAAAAAAAAAAUAGCAAACAAAAAGAGUGGACAGAAAGAAAGAAAAUGAUUAACCCAAGGAAACAAAAGGGAGGGGGGGCAAAGACGAGAAACUGAACCCCCCUCCAAAACCCUCCACCCCUCCCAGAGCAUGUGCUGCCCAUUGUGUAUAAUAAUUACCGUCACGGACGGACGGAUGGACAGACUCCCGAACUGUCGAUGGCUUUGAACGACUUGAACAGCAACCAAACAGGGAAAGAAAGGCGCCUCUCUCUUCUUUCCCGCCAUUUUCUCUCUCUCUCCUCUCCUCCUCGUCCCCAGUUGGGUCUUUACCUGCACUGAGGAACCAAAUAAAACCGACAACCUCGCUGUCUUUUUCCUCCUGAUAGACGUGACUUCUGUCUCCGCGCGGGAAACGACACAAAAACCUACUCCGAUGGCUUUAAGAAAGAAAGAUAGAAAGAAAAGAGAAAAAAAAAAACCCAGAAGGAUCCUCCUGUCUAAACACACACGGCCAUUUGCCACGUGCUUGUGUGCCGACGUCCUUGCAAAAAAAAGAAAAAAACUCAAAAACCCUCUUUAUGAAUCCAAAGCUCUUAAAAACUUCUAUACAAUAACCAAAAAAGAAAAAACCAACAGUGAGAGAGAGAAUACCCACCAACAAAAAGGAAUCAUAAAAAGCAAACUGGAAAUAAUUUUUUUUAAAAGACAUAAGUUGAUGAUGAUGAAGAAGAAAAGUUAACCCCUCACGUUUUUCUUCUGCUUUGUGUCAAUUGUUUUGGGGUUCCUAUUCCUGUUCUUUUCAUUCCCCCCCUCACCUGUUCCACCCGCCAAGUGUUUUUUAAGCCCCCUCCCACUUAACAAAGAUGGACAAGAAUUUUAAGAAGUGGAAACCUGUGGGGUAGAGAAAGGGAUACAACCCCCCCCCCUACACAAAUAACCAAACGAACUACAUAUGGGGUGUUAGAGGGAUGGGUUUAUACAGAGGCUCACCCUCUGGACCACCCUGUUUUCCUCAGACCACCCCCUUCUCCCUACAACUCUACACCCCAGAAUGGGGAAGGGAAAAAAUGUCUUUCUGUUGUGUAUUUAAAGGGGGGGAUGGGGAACAAUAAAAAAUAAAAAGAAAUAAAAAUUAUAUUAAAGAUGGUUGGAGAAAAAAAUCAAACGUUUUUGGUGGGAGGGGAUGAAUUGAGCUACGCAUAUUUGGAAGCAAUGGGGAAGAAGAUAAAAGAAGUGUGAACGAUACUGGUCUGGGCCAAGGUUGGCUUUUCUUGUGUGAGGUGGUUCGGGUGACCUUUAAAACGCACCAGUUUUAACUGGCCAUAUGCUCUUCUGGCUUCACUUAGAGAUGCCCCUGUUUUCUUUCCUCAUCCCUGGUCUUGUUUUCCCUGCAUCCUUAAAGCUCGCAUGCACCCAAGACAGCAAUUUUAAAAAAAAUCCCUUGAUCUUGGGAUUAUUUACACAGUACAAAUGAAAGCAAGUUAACAGGGUGGAACGGAUCUCCUAAACAACCAGGGGCUUUAGAUUGGCUCUGUUUCACUCUUGGGGAAACUGAUCUAAUCCAUAUGCCCGCUGGGGAAGAGAGGGGCAUAGCAUUGUAAGCCCCAGAGACAGGGAUUUUCUCAGGCUGGUACACUGUGAAUUGGGCCCUCCAAUGCACUUGCAAAAGAGUACAUGGAUUAGCAUAUGUUUUGUGUCAUAUGAAAAUUUGUGCCCUCUUUUGCAGGUAGGGUGGAGGUUCCAAUAAUAAAUCAAUGGCUACACGUGUAAUAAAA